GAGUGAAUUUUUACAAAUUGAAGAGGUGGAUAUGUAAUUCACAAAAAAAGUCAAUAGAUUGCCGUAUUUAUACUCAACUUUCCGACGAUCGCCGGAACUGAAAAAAACUCCUCUCUCCGGGAAUGGCAGGAAUGGCUAUGUUUGCAUCAAAUCUCUCCAGCGAGAUGGGGUUAAAAUUGCUUCUUAGCCCGCUUAAUACUAAUGUUAUUGUCCGCACUGCAUGCUGUUCUGUAGGGAUUGUUUUGCCUGUUUAUUCUACCUUUAAAGCAAUUGAGACGGGGAAUCGAAAUGAGCAACAUAAAUGGCUUCUGUACUGGGCAGCAUAUGGAUCUUUCCGUAUUGUUGAAGCAUUCACGGAUAAAUUUCUCUACUGGUUCCCACUAUACUAUCAUGUGAAGCUCGCAUUUCUUGUCUGGCUUCAACUUCCAUCUGCUGAGGGUGCAAAGCAAUUGUACACGAACCAUCUGUGCCCUUUCCUCAUGAGACAUCAAGCAAGACUGGAUCAUAUUUUGGAGUUAUUUCAUGGAGAAUUGAUUUUCAGAAAUUUCAGUGCAAUGCUGGAAGAAGUCAAGAAACUGCUAUCAUGCAUGAUAAAUUUAUUAGUACUCACCAGGCAGAAAUCCAGUUUGCAAAGGCGUUUCUUGGCAAAACUUUACUAUCAGUUGGAAAUAUUCUUCAACAACCUGCGCAAGGACGAGUUGUUGGUACAAUUGAAGGGCCAGCGGAGCAAGUAGAGACUUCAGAGUCUGAAGAUGAAUCGUGAUGCCCUCUUUCAAAUCAGCUAAUAAGUACCGUCUCUCUGUUGUACUUCAUAUCAGCUUAGUUUAGCUUUCGUUCAUUUUCUCACUGCAUCUUUGAUGCAAAAAUAGGUAGGAGUGAUCAGUGUAUACAUAAUUUUAGGAGUCAAUUUUGUUGUGGUUUGAGAGUUUCCUUCUCCGUUUUCCUGUAAAUGUAUCAACAGAAAGUGCUGAUUUCCUUCAAUCUCGUAGGGCAUUAUAAGAUUUCACUUUGUUUUUAACCAUUUUAGCAGACUUUGUGCAGUUAUUGCUUGGUAUGCAUUGUGAAAUAGUACUUAUUUACUGGGAGUGAAGUUGUUCUGACUA